ACUUGCAUCUGUCACUGUAUGUAAUCAUCUUUAGUUAGAAAGACAACACGGCCUGACAACGUAUUCGGUUUCUUUGGCGUUAAGUAGGGUAUGCUAGGCUACUCAUGCUCAUGCUGAGUGUAGUGUGGUGCAUUUACAUUCACAAACGUGUUUUUACAACUUUUACACACCAUUGUGUCACUCUAGUAUUAAUCCGACCACUCACAGUAUGUUUUAUAGAACUAGAUCCAACCUCCUUAUUCUUAAACAAAUCCUAAACGCACAAAUUCAAGUAAAUCACUGAUGUCUGAUUAUUUAUCGACAUUUUUAGCUCCAGGUUUUCUUUGCACCCAUCAAACGUGCUAAUUAUCAGUGGUGGAGCACAUGUAUGCAACUACUAGUUAAUCCUGGAUUAACUGGUUCCUGAACCGACAGUAAAGCUCACCUUAAUAAGAAGCGAAAUAGCACAACAGCAAACGUCGUGUUAAAAUCAGUAGUUAAAGCUCUAAUGAUGAUGAUGGACGGCUUCAUUUCCAGAACCGCAGUUAUUUUUCUGUUAAAAAUCAUUUUGUUGCAGAUAACCAGCUUUCAGUUCACCUCUUGUGAUUUUUUCUCAUUUCUAAGGAUGGGGAACUUUACAUCCUCUACUGGGGGUCUGUCCAGCACUUCAUGUGUACAGUAUGUUCAGGAAUUGGUAUCACAGAACUGUGUUGUGAUAUUUUCCAAGACCACCUGUCCUUAUUGCAAAAUGGCCAAGAAUGUGUUCAAUGAAAUUGGUGCCACCUACAAAGUGAUUGAACUGGACGAACAUAAUGACGGGAGGAGACUGCAAGAGGCCUUAGCUCAGAUGACCGGCGCCAGAACGGUGCCCAGAGUCUUCAUUAAUGGAAACUGCAUCGGAGGUGGCUCUGACACCAAACAGCUGCACCAGCAGGGCAAGUUGGUUCCCCUCGUUGAACAGUGCGCUCCCUGCUGUGCUGCAACGAGUUCUGAAGGCUCAGGCAGCGGACAAUUUGAGUCCACUAAAUGACUAACCGUUCUUGUCCUUUUAAAUCCUCUCUUUCUUAAAUGUUUGCUUGAUCUUGUGGUACAGUUUCUACACUGUUUAAACGCUGCUAUGUAUUGUAUUUAUCAAGGUGUAUUGGAUACUUGAUGUUAAGCUUCAUACAUGCUAUAUACAUUUGUAUCCACAGCUGUACAGUACCAUUGAAAACCUUUUUAACAAAAACUGUGAAUAAUGUAACGACUUUUCAUACAUGCAUGGUUGUGUUUUUUUAUAUAUUGUUACAGUCAUCAAGACGCAUGUCCUCUCAUUACACCUGCACAGGUUGACUGCAAUUUCAUGUCAUUUUGUAUGAAAAGGAGUUUAUUUAUGAUCAUUCACAAGGUCUUACAAUAGCAGGGAAAGCACAGAUUUUGGUACGAGUUAGUACUUAUCAUUGUCAUAAAUAUGUUUAAUAGAAAACUUUUAAAUACAGUAUUUGCAUAUGCUGGAAAUGGUUUUGUUAUUUGCUUGUUUUUGCUUUAUUUACUGUUCAAUAUAUUUUAUCAGUGGGUAUUUAUUUACAGAAUUGUUAGUUAAAUGAUUGGUUUUAUUAAAUAAGUAUGAAAAAUCUAAUUUGAUGCUAUUAGUGUUAUGAAUGUAUGUUUGAGUGUAUGUAAUAAGUAUAAGGACGUUUUCCUAAUGCCUUGAAUGUAUAUUUAUUAUUAUUACUAAUAAACAGUGACGCUCCAGCGAA